AUGAAACAGUAUGUGAACGACAGAAGUCCUCACAUUCGACGGUUGCUCAUAUCAUGGAUCGAUAUUAUGGACAACAUUCCAGGAAUCGAUAUUCUCGAUUUCUUACCCGAGUUUUUAGCGGGACUGUUCGAUAUGCUGAGUGACCCACAUCGGGAAAUAAGACAGGAGGCCGAUGCUCUGCUGCAAACUCUCCUUUCCGAGAUCCAAAAUACGGAUAUUAACACAAUCAUUACGCAAGCACAUAGCCGAGAUAAAUUUAUCCGCCUCACAGCAGUUUCGUGGAUUCGCGAAUUUGUUCACGUCGGAGAAGAAUGGGGCCUCCCUUACAGCCAAUUGUUGGAAGCUUUACUUCCUUGUCUCUCUGACGAGGAGGAAGAAGUCCAGCAAGCAGCCAAGAACGCUUGCUUGGACCUGAUGGACAAUUUUAAGCAUUGCAGCUAUUGUACAGACGUUGGAAAACUGGCGGUUUUGGUGAACGAUGGUCUCGCUACAACCUCGAAAUUGACUCGAAUCGUGAGUUUAGAGUUUACUUCCCUCCUGUUGUCGCAUUCUCCUGUUUCUCCUGCUUCAACGCUUUCUCCCGGUUCCUCCACGUCUCCCAAUUCUCCUUUGAUGAUAUCGACGGAUUAUUCGCAGCUUCUGUUCAGAACCAACUUGCUGCGCGCAGUGGAAGAUACUCAUAACGAGGUGACAGAGCUGGCAAUCCGGAUUCUCCUCGAGUAUGCGUCAAGACAGAAUGAUUUGGAACCAAUUCUACGCGAUUUGCUGGAUAUUCUAGAAAAGAGCGAAUUAAUGAAGGAGCGAGGAACGCUAGUUUUGCGUUGGCUGUGCAAAUACGAAAACCCCGAGGUUGUUUACUACCACCUUGCCACGGUUUUGCAGUCAAUCAAGCAACUCUCCAAUCACGAGUUUGGAUCUUUGAUCGUGGAUCGCCUGAAUACAUUACUGCUGACGGAUGAAAUAACGGUGUCCAUUCGAUGUCGUUUGCGAAGCUGCCGGUACUACUCACAGAAAAGGGACGAGCAAGCGGAGAAAUUGUAUGAUGCCCUGUACAUGAUCGGGAUCCAAGAUGACAAUUAG